GGGAAUUCGAGUAUCUUACCUUACAAGCUUCUCCAUUUUCCCCCUUUUUUUAAACCUAAUAAUAAUAAACCCUAACCCAACCCAACCCAACCCAACCGUCGUCGUCUUCAUCAAAUCAACAUACGUUUUCCCCAAAUCAAUCAAGUAAGUUCUGAAUCUCAACAUUUUCAUCAUCAAUUAGAAUUAGGUUGAAAUGACGGUUUUAAGGUCCAGAAAAACUCAACCUCCUAAUGUUGAAAUCGAACCCUCAACACCCGCAAAGGAAGUUGAGGCUUCGUCUUCUUCAUUUCACAACACCCAUACUUCAGAUUCCAAUCUUGGCUUGAGACGCAGUGCCAGACUCUCUUUGAAUCGGACUUCGUUUAACAAUAAUGCUGCUGGUAGAUGUAAAAGAAAGGCUGUAAAUGAUGAUCUAGAUAAAGAGUCUGCUACUGUUAGGCUUCCAUUAGACUUAGAUACUCCUGUGAAGGCCCCAACUUUAGACGUUCAAGACAGUGACGUAGGAAACCGAUGUUUACGACUGCGGUCCGGCAAGAAACUUGUCAAACCAGAAGCUAACAAGAAUGAAAAGGAAACACAAGUUGAGGCUAAUAUUGAUGGAGUUAGUGAAGGGUGUGUUGUAAUUGAGGAAGAACAGGUGCCGGUUGAUUGUGAACAAAUGGAUGUUGGUGUCAAUGGUGCUGUUAAAACGGAUAGGAAUGAAGAAAAGGGGAAAGGGAAAAUAGUUGAGGGUAGUUCAUCGUCGGAUUUCAGUGUUACGGAUUAUUUGAACGAUGCGGAUGAUUUGGUUGUGGGACCUGAAGAAGGCGGUUUGAUGGAUACUGUAAUGGCUGAGUCUAGCAAUAAAAUCGAUCCUAAAGAACGGUUUAAGAAUGUAGCCAAAGUGAACGCAUCACGGUUUGCGCAUUUCUCUGUUCAAGAGGAAGAUGAAGAAGAUGCGGAUGAAGAUGAACUCGAACCACAAACGGAACCCAACGGUGACGUGGAGGAUUGGCCCGGUCCGUUUUCAACUGCUAUGAAGAUAAUCAAAGACCGAUCUUCAAACACGUCGACUGAACAGGCGAAGAAGAGUGAAUCCGUUCCGGUGAUAUGGGUUCCCAAGAAAAACAACCAGGAUCGGUUUGUGAACGUGCCACCAUCGUUAGAAGAGUUAUGCAUGGAAAUAAUGGCUGAAAAUGUCGAUGCGAUAACGUCACUUGAAAGCGUGCCUGAUGCACUUAGACACAAGCUUACACAAGCACUUUGUGACUCGAGAAAAAUGAACCACCAUUUUUUUAACCUGCUUGCAAGCCGGUCUCCUUCUGAGAUACGUAUAAAAGAUUGUUCGUGGUUAAACGAGGAGCAAUUCACUAAAACGUUUGAAGCAAUUGAUGCUAGUAAUCUCACUGUACUACAACUGGAUCAGUGUGGAAGAUGUUUACCAGAUUAUGUUUUAUACGAUACAUUGACUCAUUUCCCUAGUAAACUGUCUGCGUUAACUAACAUAUCGUUGAAAGGUGCAUGCCGGCUUUCGGACGCUGGGCUAAACGCUCUAAUCACUUCUGCAUCUUCGUUACGAUCGAUUAAUCUCAGGUGCUGUUCAUUGCUCACGUCCAAUGCUAUCAACAACUUAGCUGAUAAGUUAGGCUCGGUGCUUAACGAGUUGUACAUUGACGAGUGUUUCGGUAUUGAUGCUAAAAGGAUUCUUCCCGCAUUGUUUAAGCUACAACAUUUGGAAGUGCUGUCUAUCUCUCGGUCUGAAACCGUUAACGAUUCUUUCAUCACACAAUUUGUCGCUGUUCAAGGUCAUAAAAUGAAAGAGCUUGUGUUGGCAGAUUGCACGAAAUUGACCGAUAGAGGGUUAAAAGCCAUUGCAACAAGUUGUCCUGAUUUAUGUGCAAUAGAUUUGACCAAUGUGUGUAAGUUGACCGAUGCAUCACUAGGACAUCUUGCUAAUGGUUGUCAAACAAUUCAAACGAUGAAAUUUUGCCGUAACACAUUCAGUGAUGAAGCUGUAGCUGCAUAUCUUGAAGCCCGUGGAGGGUCUUUGACGGAACUAUCGCUAAAUCAUGUUGAUAAGGUUGGUAACCACACUGCUCUAUCACUUGCCAAACAUGCGAAAAAGUUGCAAUGUCUGGAUCUGUCUUGGUGUCGGGAAAUGACAGAUGAAGGGCUAGGAUUGAUUGUAGAUAGCUGCUGCUUAUCGCUGAAAAUGCUGAAAUUGUUUGGGUGCACUCAGAUUACAAAUGUGUUUACACAUGGACACUCGAAUGAAAAUGUGAAAAUUGUUGGUUUGCAAGGAAGUCAAAUAUUGAAGAACAUUGUGGCUCCUGAUCUUUUACCAUUACGGUACUCAUCGGUCUGAGUUGCGGCACAGCAUAUGGAGUUUUGUCACCUGAUGUAUGCAUUUUGUAAUAGCCAUGGGGAACGUUCUCUCUUUUGUUGUUGAUGAACGGUUUGUUGCACUUGAAAUUGUAACUUGGUGUUUUUUUUUUGGAACAUGGUGUUAUAUUUUGAAUGAUAUAACACAUUUUGAUUGCGGGUUA